AUGCCUUUCUACGAAGUCCACCACUCUUGUCCUCUCACACAGCACCAACGUCAAAACUUGGCAACCGCAAUUACGAGGCUUCACUGCGAAGCUUUCAAGACUCCAGCAUUCUUGGUCCACGUACGCUUCCUCGCAGAAGACAACACCAACAACACUUACUUCGUCGCUGGAAAGUCUCACCCUCUAACAUCAAAUCGCAUCUCUGGAAACGUUCGCACGUCUGCGGCCCGAUCGAAAGCAGAUUUCGAUGAUCUCGGUGCGAAGAUUGAAGCAGCUUGGUACGAAACGCUCCAAGUCACGUCUCCGCCGGAGAAGUCAACUUGGAGCAAAGAAGAUGAGGAGACUAGGCUGAUUAUGGUGAAGUUCGUACCUCUGGUCACGAUUCGUGAGGGGGGAAUGGCUGCCCCUCAAGCGGGAGAAGAAGAAGCGUGGCUCAAGGAGCAGCUGCCUCAUAUCGAGGGUAUGGCUAACAAAGGCGUUGGAGACUUCAUUGACUUCUGGAAUGAAAUCAAAGGGAACAAGGUUCAGUGA